GAUCAGCGUUUAAUCAUGUCUUGUACAUAAAUGUUUCGUUUUUUUUUUUUGUCCUGCAGGCAUAACAUCGCUAGUGCAGUGAUUUUUCCUUCCAACCUGCGUAUAAACCUGCGCAAUUAUUAUUCGAAUAAUUUUGUGUUUAGUUUAAACUCCAUUUCAAUAUAAGUGAAAUCAUGAUAUUCCGUCUUUCUCCACGACGCAUAAUAAUAUUUACAAUAUCGCUCACGAUCGUCAUGUUUGUCCUGCGACGUCAGAGUGAUUCACAGUUUGAGGAUGAAUUCUACGGUAUCGAGUCCGGCGAUGUCAUUAUGCGGCAGAAGAGAAUGGCUGGCGGGCCCUGCAAUCUAGAAGCUUAUGAAGACGAUCCUAAGAAACUUGUCGCUGUCUAUAGGAACUGCAGGGACGAUCUCAGAACCAUCAUGGAGAAAAACCUGCCUGUUCCCAGUGCCUUUGAAGAAACUGACGAAGGAAGACUGAUGGUGGAAAGAGUUCGCCGGUUGGUGAACGUCAAGCAAAAGUGUAACAAUAGAAAGGUUGCAAGCAUGCCCAUGAUCGACUCCUGGAUCCGGGUCUCAAAACCACACGAACUUGCCUACUGCCAGCUUGAGAAGACUGGAUCAAGCACGAUGCUAACAUUCCUCAUGGAGAUCAACAACAUGGAGACCUUGUACCCCCGUAACGACGACUUGCAUCAGACAUCAUUGGAUAAUUUCAAAGUGAUAGGCCAGGAAGCCGUCGACAUGGCGGAAAAAUACCUCGACAUCGUGCAAGUGCGUCACCCGUUCACCAGGUUGGUAUCGUGUUACUGCGACAAGAUUCUCGGAGAACGUCCGCCUUUUCUGAAAAAGUUCACCGAGUUCCGUAGUCAUCGGAACCAAACUGCGGAAGACAUGGUGCGAGAACAACUCCCGAGCUACCGCUUCUUGUCCGAUGCCAAGAAGGGGACAAAAACGGAUCAGUGGAGAUUCCAGUUUUUCCUGAAAAUUAUCCCAGCUCCCGGCAAGGAAGAGUAUCUGGCUCGGGAAUCAAGGAUCGAAGACCCAGAACCUUUAGGUGAAACUCCGACAUUCCGAGACUUCGUCAUGGAGGUCGCAUACCAAAUUCUGCGAUGCGGAGACAAUCAGGACUGCAGGAAGGAAAUUAAUGCGAGCUAUGGACGACAAAUUGAUAAAUGCGACCCAUGCUCAUGGAAUUUUGAUCUACUAAUGAAGUUAGAGACGAUCGACGAAGAUUUCCCUCUGCUCCGAAAGCUGUUAGGCCACAACAAGCCUAAGGCCGUAGAUGACUCAGGCAGCAGCAGUACCAACGAAGAGCGAGUUGUUCACAGGAAGAUAUCUGCGUGUAGAUCUUAUGAUGAAUACAUGCGGCAGCUCAACAGUGAAGAACUCGACCUGAUCUACACCGCCUACUACGAGGACUUUGAAGUCUUUGGCUACGAGCCUUUCAAUUUAGAUGAACUUAGAAACAUCAUCCAGAAAAAUCAUUCUCUUCCCAAGGCUUUCGAAAAAACCAAGGAAACUAGACAUAUUGUCGAAGCAGCUCGUCGGCUAGCGAACGCCAAGCAGACAUGCGAGACGCGCAAGGUCGCAAGCAUGCCGAUGAUCAACUCUAAAAUAAGGAUUUCGAAUGAGCACGAGCUCGCCUACUGCCAGCUCCAAAAUACAGGAUCGAAGGAGAUGCUCAAGUUUUUGCUACAAAUAAACGGUUUAGAACCUGAGUUUACUGACGAAGACAAACUUGGAGAAGCUUCGUGGGAAAAAUUCAAGACGGAGAGCCGAAAAGCUGUUAAAUUGGCGGUGGAUUACCUCGACGUAACACUAGUGCAACAUCCACUUACAAGGUUAGUGUCGUACUACUGCCGAGAGAUUCUGGAGGAAAGGAAUGAAGCGUCCAAUAAAAAGUUCGAUAUCUUCACGCGACAUCGAAACCAAAGCGCGUUCGACAUGGUCCGUAAUCAGCUGCCACACUACCGCUUCUUGGUGCAUGCCAAUUUGGGAACCAGAAGUGAACAAUGGAAGUUUAAAUUUUAUUUAAAAAUAUUCCCGGCUCCUGGAAGAGAAGAGUUGGAGGAGCAGCCACAAAACGACGUUGAUAAAAAAAUCGACGAUAGUAUGCCAAGUUUCCGCGAAUUCGUUAUGGAGGUUGCUUACCAGAUACUGAAAUGUGGUGACAACCCUGAUUGUAAGAGUUUGAUCAACGCAGACUACGUCCCGCAAAUUGAUAAAUGCGACCCAUGCUCAUGGAACUUCCAUCUCAUUAUGAAAUCAGAGACAAUCGACAAGGACUUCGCGUUACUCCGGAAGCUGGUGGGAUACGAUGGACCAGAGACUGGUCCGAGCAGAAGGAGUUCUCACGAAGAAAAUGACGGCCAAUCAAGCAAUCCAGCGUGCAGAUCUUUUGAGGAAUACAUGCACCAGCUCUCCGGUGAAGAAUUGGACCUGAUCUACACCGCCUACAAUGAGGACUUUGAGGUCUUUGGGUACGAACCACUCAAAGUUUAGCCGAAAACUGGCGCAAAACAACUAAAAGUUCUCAAUUAUCAGAAUCUUCUCCAAUCUAGCGACCGUGAAGACUUCUAUGUAUUAGGCAAAAAAUCCUGCACGUUGGAAAUAAUUGGGAUUAAAAAAAAUAAAAAUUGAAUGAUUCUUUUGCGCUGGAAAACCUCAUGAACAAAGGAUUACAGUGAAUCGUGAAAUUUAGUUAGCCUCAAAAUUAUUAAUGUUUAAUUCAAUUUUUAAACAAUUUUAGGGUAAAAUUCUGCCUAAUUAGAGCACUCUCAAUUCAAUGCAACAUAAUUUUUUAAUUAAAGUUAAAUGAGAUAAAUUUUGAAAAAACUUAAGGAAACUCACUUAUUUGAAAAAAUGACACUCAUGAAUUCAAGCUUUCGUGUGUUUCUCAUCAAAAAAUAACACAUAAGUAACGUUAGAAGCAAUCAAACAACUAUCUUGAAAUAUUUAGAUUAAUUUUCAUAUAUAACUCGUAUUCGGUAACGUAGUUUAUUGUCAUACUUAAAAGUAAACUGAGUGCAUCAUCCAUCACAAUAACUAUAGGUUAGCCUCUUAUAACACGGUGUCCGCUGUACCUAUCAUUCUCUAUAAGUAUCAAGCCAUUAGUAGGUAUCAUAUGCUAACGACUUCUGGCAUAUGAACAUAAUUCUUUUUUUAUUGUUUUAAAAAUGCUUUCUUGUCGUUUGGUUUUAAAAUGUCUUAUCCUUGUCGGUUAAUGCACUAGGAAAUUUAGCACGAGUGGCGCACAAAUUCCAUAAUUUGCGAAGCCCUACUUCAAAAUAAAUUAAAAAUUUAAGACAAAUGGUAAAAUAAGAAUAAUCUUUGUUCACAGCUCUAUUCUUACCAUUUUAUUCUACUUCAGUUUAUAUAGAAAAUUUUCAUUUUUGUCAUGUCUAUUUCUCUAAUGUUAAGGUUAAUUAGAAAUUGAGUAAUGCUAACCAAAAAAACUGAUUCCAAACGACUAAUUUACUAAUCUUCAACUACGAACACUCCUAACACUCUUCGACAUCUCCGAAAACUAAUUAGCGAACUUAUUUGCAUAUAAAAUUACAAAACUAAUGUACAAAAUGUACAGAAAUUACAUUAUUAACAGUUCUCUGACAAAAAUCAGGCCGCAAUUUAAUUAACUUAUGAGUGUUGAUAUUUCAUACUACCAAAAUUAUUCUCAGUGGUAAGUCAAUGCAAUGCAUUUAUAAUCUGUCAAAAUUCGUUGCAAAAUUCUUCAAUACAUUUUUCAAUUCGAUCUCAUAAUUUAUGAUAAAGGCACAUAGUCAUCUCAGUACAACGUUGUUCGUGGAUCAAAAAAUAAUAUAUUCUAGAAACGCUAUUAUUAACACACUAGAUUACGACAAAUUCCUAGAGUUUUCGUUGAUAAUCACAGCAUAAUUACUGGGCUUGUUAGUCUUCUCCUAUUUGCUGGUGUCCUGUAGGUAGAAAAUUCAGCAGUGCAAUUUCUAUUUCAAUUUGAGGCCAGGCUAGGUCAAUUUUAUUUUCAAUUAAUAUUUCAAUUGAAAAUUCAGAUUUUAUUUCUCUUAUUAAUAAUGGACAUUUUAAGUUAUCUUCAGUUCUCAAUCUAAUCUAAAAACAUGUAUGCAUUUGAUUAAAUUCUUCUUUUUAGUUUCAGUUUACGCUAAAAAUUAAAAAAUGAACUGCUUUCGUAGAGUAAGGCAAAUUUUCAAAUCUAUGUAUCCGUUUCUAACAAGGCUAUCCUAUUAUAAUUACACAAAAUAUUACAACCAACGACAAAUUCUAUGUUGGUAUAUCACCCACACAAAAAUUAUCAUUGUAUGCCCUCAUAGAAUAACUUUGCAGAUCA